AUGCAGUUCAUUGGAAAUCUCCAGGAGUCUUCUGGCCUGAAGAGUAGCUGGGGUGCAGUGAUUAUUGCGGAGAUCAUAGCCCUUGUGGCUGCCAGCACGGUGCAUCGAGUUUGUAUUACAACCUGUUUUUUCUUCUCUGCUGGGCUGUUAUACGAGAUGAACAAGAUCUCAGGAUAUAUGCUCUCCGAGUCCAAAUCUAAAAGGCACUGAAUCAAAGAUAACCGGACAUGAUAUUCCCGACUUUGUUUUAGCACUUAAAAAGAUUCGAGGAUACGUCAUACUUGCCAACUUUACCUAGAAUUUCCGCAUCCUAUGCUUGGUUGAUUUUGUAGUUGUGUUUAUGACUCUUAUGUUCUUAUAGAGAAACUAAGGUAAUAGUGCAAAUUUUGAUAAGGCAUUAGUGCAAAUUUUGUGAGCAUUCAAAAGUUGUGUGAGUGUUGGACUACAAAUGUUGUAGUGGGUUGGGUUCGUUUGGUAGCAUGAAAAGUUUGGUUUGGUUUUGGCCUUUUUAAACUUUUUUCUCAUAACU